AUGUACGUAGUUGAAUUUCAAAAGUGUGGGCUUCCACACGUGCAUAUGUUGAUCUGGCUUGAUGCUGCAUCCAAAAUCAAUCUUAAAUCUGAUGUUGACAAAUAUGUCAGUGCUGAGCUGCCUGAUCCCCUGACUGAUCCAGAGGGCUACGCUGCUGUUAGGGAAUUUAUGAUUCAUGGUCCAUGUGGUCAUGAUUUUCCAAAAUCUCCCUGUAUGAGGAACUACAAGUGUUCUCGCCGUUUUCCUAAGAAGUAUUGUUCCCAGACAAAUUUUGAUGAAUCUGGAUUUCCUAUUUAUCAGAGGCGCAACACUGGGAUAACAGUAAAUGUGCGCAAAGCCACUUUAGACAACCAAUGGGUUGUUCCUUACAAUCGAUCCUUAUUGGUUAAAUACCAGUGCCACAUCAACAUAGAGAUAUGUUGUCAUGCUCGCAGUGUUAAAUACUUAUUCAAGUACUGCUUGAAAGGCCCUGACAAUGCAACUGUUGAGAUUACUGGUCGUAAGAAAUUGUUGACCGGUUCUGAUUCUGAAGCUGUUGAUGAAAUUCAAGCUUUUUUUGAUGGUCGCUAUAUUUGUGGUGCUGAGGCAUCAUAUAGGACUUUUGGUUUUGACAUACAUCAUCGUUCAAUAUCAGUUGAGCAUCUACCAUACCAUCUACCAGGUCAAAAAAAUUGUGUUUUUAAACCUUCAGAAUCUUUAAAAAAUGUUGCUGGGAGGGAGAAAUAUAGGCUUUCUAAGUUGGAGGCUUUUUUUUUACUUUACUCUACUGAUUGCACUGCUAACCAGUAUACAUAUGACCAGAUUCCUAUGCACUAUGUGUGGAACGAUUCAGAUCAUAUAUGGUCUGUGCGUAAGAAAAGACAACAAAUAGGUCGUCUCACGUAUACUCACCAUGGUUCUGGUGAGAUAUGGUACCUACGACUAUUGUUGUCUCGUGUUCCUGGACCUAAAUCUUUUGAAUGCUUGAGGAUGGUUGAUGGUGUUCUUUAUUCAACAUUUCAGGAGGCAUGCAAACACCGUGGCUUUCUUAAUGAUGAUGAUGAGUGGCAUGAGGUGUUGAAGGAGGCUUCAAAGUCUGGGUUUGCUCCCCAGAUACGGGAAUUGUUUGUUCAUGUUAUUGUGAACUGUCAAGUAUCUGACGUGAAGCAGCUGUGGGAAUUGAAUUUACAACAUAUGACUGAUGAUAUCGUAUUCAAUCAGCGCAAGCUUUCUGGGAAUCAUAAUCUCAUAUUAUUGGAGGACGAUAUUAUAAAUUAUGCCCUUGCUGAGGUAAACAAGAUUUUGAAGUCUAUCGGCAAAUCACUACGGGAUUAUCCAACAUUGCCUCAGCCUCCAUCGCACUUUAUAAAUUCAUCUUCAGAUAAUCUGGUAUUGGAUGAGAGGAGUUAUGAUCGUAAUGUUAUGAAUGCAGAAUACGAAGGACUUCUGGCUUCAUGCAACGAACAACAAAUAUCAAUUUACACUGCUGUUAUGGAGUCCAUUAAAAAUAAUGAAGGGAAAACUUUUUUUGUUUAUGGUAGUGGGGGGUGUGGGAAGACUUAUUUAUGGAGAACGUUGAUUUCCAGGUUGAGAUCUGAAGGCCAGAUUGUUUUUCCUGUUGCUUCUUCGGGAAUAGCUGCCACCUUGCUUCCUGGUGGUAGAACUGCUCAUUCCCGUUUUAAAAUUCCAAUAUUACUUGACGACUACUCUAUUUGCAACAUUUCACACAAUUCAGAUCUUGUUGAGUUGAUCAAGGAGACGAAGCUGAUAAUAUGGGAUGAAGCUCCCAUGCAGCAUCGUUAUGCUUUUGAAUGUGUGGACCGCACUUUACGUGACAUUAUGAAAUCUGUAGAUCCAAAGAAUUUUCACUUGCCGUUUGGUGGUAUCACUCUUAUUCUAGGUGGUGAUUUCCGUCAAAUAUUACUCGUCAUCUCAUUGGGUUCUCGUGCAGAUAUUGUUUCUGCUUCUAUAACUCGGUCUAGGAUUUGGUCUAUAUGUACUGUUUUUACACUAGAUCAAAACAUGCGAUUGAACCGUCCUAUAUCGGAUGAAGAGAAGGAGACAAUGAAAGCGUUUGCUGAGUAG